AUGCCUCACAAACACAAGAGAAGGGAUGACAAUGCCGACGAUUUCAACCUGCCUCCCACAUCUGUCGCAAAGAGUCUGCCCGUAGGCAAGGCUGCGCAGACCGUCUUCACAUCUGAUGGCAAGAAAAAGAAAAAGACAGAGACGUCUGUCGCUGGAAAGAAUGCAUACAAAUUCAACGAUACACCAAAGGCAUUCGCCCGCUUGAUGCAACGCCAACAACCAAAGGAAACCCCCGAUGAAAGCGAAUCAAAGACAGCAAGCAAGAAGCGCAAGCGCCAGGAAGAUAUCAAGCAAAAGGCCAAAGGAAAAACAAUGGAAAUGCCAAAGAUUCAGCCUGGUGAAAAACUACGAGACUUCAAUGCUCGUGUAGACCAAACAUUGCCGGUGACUGGUCUGGCGCGAAAGGGCAACCAAGGCCUGGCUCCUGGCGAGAAGGUCUCACGGACAAAGACGGAGAAGAGGAUGCACAAGAUGUACGACGAGUGGAGGAAAGAGGACCAGCGCAUCAAGGACAAGGCCGAGGAAGAGCAAGAGAAGCGCGAGGAAGAUGAGGAAGAGCGUAACGCACUAUAUGGUGAGGACUCUGGUGUACCUCAGUUAUACGGCAAGAAGCGACAAAGGAUGAUUGGCGAGUCCAAAGACGAAGCCGACAUCUGGGCAGUGCUCAAGACGAAACGAGACAAACCCAAGGGCCUACAUGAUGUUGCACAGGCUCCUCCCGAGUUUACUGUGAUACCCAGGGAGAAGUUUAAGGUCAAGAACGGAGCAAGGGCAGAUGUGGCAGACGUGCCGAAUGCUGCUGGUAGUUUGGCAAGGAGAGAGGAGCUAGGCGCAGAGCGCAAGAACAUUAUCGAGCAAUACCGUGCUCUGAUGAGAAAGGCGUCGGGUGAUAAAGAGUAG